AGCUGCACUGCACUGCACGCCCAGAUCUGACGUUUUUAGCCCCGCCACAGAAGACCUGCCCGUACCUCUCCGGGCUCUUUCUGCAAAGCCAAACUACCGCAACUCCUCCAAACUUGUCAUCAUCAUCAUCGCUGCAGCCCACCCGACAUCUCUGCUGCUUCGUCAUAAUCAGCCCGGCAGCCGGCUUAUCAAUUGCCAGCAAGUAAGCGCCUGCCUCUGCGUUUUCUUUUGGACGUAGCCUCGUUCUGUCUCCGUAGCUGCCCCUCUCCCCGGCUGACUACCGGCAUCACCAACAUCGUCACGGGAACAGCAGAAAACCCGACACACAAACAUCCUCCUCCACCCCCGCGCAACACUCUGUGCAACGAAUAGGCUGCAGAUCCGUAAAUUGUCAGGCACCGCAAUCCAGACGCUGCAGCCGCACUUUUUUCUGCCCGCCCAGCACACCCCCUGCCUCGCUCGCGUACCCGGGCCGCUACCGCCGAGCAAAAGUAAAAAGUGAGGGGUGACUGACACCACCACCACCACCACCACUCUUAGACCUCCUCUUUCUCCUUCUACAUCAUGGGCAACAACGCUUCAACGUCCGCCAGCAAGCCCGGCCGCCCGAACUCGCCAUCGUCGUUCGACUCGUCUGCUGCUACUGGCCACCGAAAAGAGCCCCGCCACAUCAUCCCCGCCCACACGACUCACCGCUCUGCCGCGCCGCCUGAACAGUCCCUCGCCGAAGCUCAGGGCUCGACUGUAGGCCCGUCAAAGCCCAAGAGUAUCCCCAAUACCGCCGUCUCGUCCCUCAGCCCCUCCCCGCACAGCAGCCUCGACGCGGCCUCCAAGGCGGUCCCUAUCCCUGUCGAGCCGAGAUCCCUCCGCGACGAGCCUGCCCGUCCCAAGUCGUUCCGGGACGAGCUCGAACCUUCAAAGCCCGUAGCUGUGCCUAUCGAAUCGUCUUCGGUCAGAGCAGCAGCCAUGUACACCGACUCGCGAUUCGCUGAUACACAUCUCAUGGCAAACAACAGCCUUACAGAUACAUUUACUCGCCCGCCGCGCUUGCCUCUGCCCAUUGAGGAGGAGGUGCAUACGCCGGGCUCACCUAUCUUGGGACCAGAAGAGACGGCGCCUGUGGAUAUUCCAGAUGUCGAGGGCGAUUCGUCAGAUGGACUCACAAGGAAGAGCUCCGUCGUCAGCGCGGCUACCAUGGAGGAUGACGAUUCACAGGAACUGAGAGUGGACAGAUCGCGGCCAACAGUGCCAACAACGAUUGAGUGGAAGCAAGGCGGUGACAAGGUCUAUGUGACGGGCACGAUUUUCCAGUGGAACCGCAAGCAGCGCCUGCAUGCCGUUGAGGGCAAGCCUGGCCACUUUGCGGGCGUGAUUCAUGUUCUCCCCGGAACCCAUCACAUCCGCUUCGUUGUCGACUCCAUCAUGCAGACAUCCCCCGAUCUGCCUACAACGGUCGACUUUGGCAACAACUUGGUCAACUACAUUGAAGUGUCACCCGAGGACGCACUGAAGCAAGCACCGGUUGUCGAGCCGGCGCCUGGCGAGCAAGAAGCGCCUGAGCAGCCUAAGGUGCCACGAACAAAGGCGGUGCUACCGCCAGAAGCAUACCAAAAAGCCAUUCCCCAGUAUCUUUUGGAUUUUGACCAGGCCGAGGACUCGCCUGCUUACCAGAGCGCCAUUGGGGCCAUUGAGAAGCUCCCGACGCCGCCCAGUCUGCCUGGCUUUCUCAGUAAGCCCAUUCUCAAUGCCGCCACGCUCAUGAAGGACGACAACAGUGUGCUCAACAUGCCCAACCACACCGUCCUCAACCAUCUGGCGACGAGCAGUAUCAAGAACAACGUCUUGGCAGUGUCUGCCACAACCAGAUACCGCAGCAAGUACGUCACAACAAUCAUCUACAAGCCUACAUCUGCGGACGAGGGUUAAGUUGUCCAUCUGAGCAUUUCGCUGUAUUGUAUAAAUGUCCAUUUUCGGAAAGGAGGGAAACUCAUCGUUUAAAAUACAUGGGAUAAACUUUUUGUACAUUGAUCAUAAUAAAGACUAUCUUUUUCUAAUGCCUUGUCUUUUCUUCGUUACCGUUUUGUGUUUUGUCUAGUCCCUCCAUUCUACAAACACUUCGUCUGUUCUAAACCGCUGUGUGCACAUACUAUCCUUGAGGUCGGUCCUGUAGCCCGUCUUGUAAGCCAGCAGGCCCGCAUGGGCAAUCAUGAUGCCGUUAUCGAUGCAGAAUCUCUCGUCUGUAGCAAACACACUGCCGCCACGCUCCUUGGCCAUCAUGCCCAUCAUUUCUUGUAGGCGCUCGUUGCAGCCCACGCCGCCCACAAUCAGCACCUGAUUACUGCCAACAUGAGCCAUGGCGCGCUCUGUAAUCUCCACCAGCAUGGCAUACAUUGUCUCUUGUAGUGUAAAGCACAGGUCGGCCGCGUCGAAGUCCGCUUUACCCUCCUUCAUCUGCGCAGCCAGCAGGUCCGCCGCCGCCAAGAUCCCUGAAAACGAGCAGUCCAUGCCCUUGACCGUGUACGGCAAAUCGAGGAGUUUCUUGCCCUUCUUGGCCAGCUGCUCAAUGUUGUACCCCGGCGCCGGGUCAUUGGGGAUCUCGAGUGUCCGCGCAAACCGGUCCAGACAAUUACCUACAGCAAUGUCCAGCGUCUCGCCGAAUAUGCGGUACCGCUGCUCCGCGUACGCAAUCACCUGCGAGUUGCCGCCCGAGACGUAGAGUACUACGGGGUUAUCUGCGCCCGUGAUGGUCCGGCCCAUCUCGAUGUGCCCGACGCAGUGGUUCACGCCGACGAGCGGCUUGUCCCAGAGCAGGGCGAGUGUGCGGGCGCCCACGGCGACGGAUGUGAGCGGGGCGCCCAUCCCAGGCCCUUGGGUGAAGCAGAUGCAGUCGAUGUCGGCGGGGGAGAGGGCGGCUUCGCGGAGCGCGGCGAGCGCGAGGGGGGCGAAGUGUGUGCGGUGGUGGAUGGCGGUGUCUUUGGGGAGGAAGCCAGUGCCGGGGGGCGAGUUGAAUGUGUGGCGUAGGUUGGAGAGGACGAGGGUCUCGGUGGGCGUGUGCUUGAUUAUGCCGAUGCCGAGCUUGUUGGCAGAGCCUUCGCAGCCGAGGGCGAUGUAUGUUUUCGUGGGGUCCAUGGUUGGGCGUUUCGUGAGGGGCUGUGGUGAGUAGGAAGAGGAGGAGGGCGAUAGAGGGCGUUUGGGGAGGCCCAUGGGAGGGAGAGGGAGGGAGAGA